AUACCCAAGGUUAUAUUUGACAUUUUGGAAUUCGCUUGCCGAGUUCUUGCAGAUUUGGCUGUGAAAAUAUAAGAAAGUCCAUAAAACUUCUAUCAAAAUGGCUUUAAACAAACUAAGUAUUGAUGCCCUUAACCUAGCCGGCAAGCGUGUGCUUAUGAGGGUAGACUUCAACGUUCCAUUGAAAGAAGGAGUCAUCACCAACAACCAGCGCAUCGUAGCUGCAUUGGAUUCUGUAAAAUAUGCAUUGGAAAAGGGUGCCAAGUCUGUCGUUCUUAUGUCACAUCUCGGCAGGCCGGAUGGUCAAGCGAAUCUUAAAUAUACGUUGAAGCCGGUCGCCGAAGAGCUCAAGAAGCUCCUAAACAAGGAUGUAACAUUCCUCGCAGAUUGUGUUGGUCCUGAGGUGGAAGCUGCCUGUGCGGACCCUGCCCCAGGAUCUAUCAUCCUGUUGGAAAACCUGCGGUUCCACAUUGAGGAGGAAGGCAAGGGUAUUGAUGCCUCCGGUGCUAAGGCCAAGGCUGACCCUGAGAAGGUCAAGGCAUUCAGGACCAGUCUGAGGAAACUUGGUGAUGUCUAUAUCAAUGAUGCAUUUGGUACAGCCCACAGGGCCCACAGCUCCAUGAUGGGUGAGGGCUUUGAGCAGAGGGCCAGUGGCUUCUUACUCAAGAAGGAACUGCAGUACUUCGCUAAGGCAUUACAUGAGCCUGAAAGACCAUUCCUUGCCAUCCUGGGUGGUGCUAAAGUAGCGGACAAAAUUCAGCUCAUUGAGAACUUGCUUGACAAAGUUAAUGAGAUGAUCAUUGGAGGUGGUAUGGCAUACACCUUCCUCAAGGAAACUAAGGGGAUGGCUAUUGGAAACUCCUUGUAUGACGCUGAGGGCGCUAAAAUCGUUGCUAAGCUUUUGGAGAAAGCUGCCAAAAACAAUGUCAAAGUUCACCUCCCAGUAGACUUUAUCACUGCUGACAAGUUUGAUGAGAACGCACAGGCUGGUACUGCUGACGUUGAAAGCGGUAUCCCUGAGGGCUGGAUGGGUCUCGACGUUGGACCCAAGUCUAGGGAGCUUUUCGCUGACCCCAUCGCCAGAGCUAAGGUCAUCGUAUGGAACGGCCCUGCUGGUGUGUUCGAGUUUGAGAAGUUCGCUGGAGGCACCCGCGCUCUUAUGGACGGUGUCGUCAAAGCAACCACCAAUGGAACCAUCACCAUCAUUGGUGGAGGUGACACAGCGACCUGCUGCGCCAAGUGGGGCACCGAGGACAAGGUGUCGCACGUGUCCACCGGCGGUGGCGCCUCCCUAGAAUUGCUCGAAGGUAAAGUACUCCCUGGUGUUGCCGCUUUAUCUGACGCAUAAAUUUUAAGCAAAGAUAUGAUAUUCUAAAAAUAUAUAUUUGCUUAUUAGCGUUGUAUACCUGUUGUAUAUGUAAUUGUUCUAUUUGGAAAUCGAAUGAAAUCAAGAAAUUAUGAUCUAUUUAAGUGAUAUGUAUGUAAAUUACAUUAUAAGUUAAGUUUUAGUCAACAAAAAUGUCUCAUAUGUACGGCAUAGUGUAAUAAAUUAUUACCACGAAUUAAAUGUUAAACAGUUAACA